AUGGGUCUUGUGACGGGCAGUCUGGUCAAACGGGAGAAAAUCUUAGCUACAUUUGGUAACCCUGUUAAGAGGUGGGCGUCGGAAAAUGAUACGACACUUCCUGUGUCGGACUUUUUGACGGAUAUUGAGGGAUAUAGAUCAUUCAGUCUGCUUGUUUCCAGAGAGCCCGAAGCGAUUAGCGAUAUUAUCGAGGAAGAAGAAGAAGAAGCUGAGAUGAAGGGGGAAGAGAAGAUACAGGCGGGAUUAGAGGCGAGGAAGAUCAAGAUCCUGAGGAACACUACUGUAACUCAUGAAGUUGUGCUGGUCUAA